GCUCCCUUGCCCAAUGACACCUUAUCGCCUCCCCGGUUAACAAACAGUUAGAAAGCAAAAGAUACCUCAAUUUUCCCUCACUUUGAACUCUGUGCUCCAACUCUAACUAUCGAAGCUCGAAUACACCCGCUCUUGCUGCCCAGGAAUAGUGCUGCCGCCGCCGCUGGCCAUCCUUGCUCCCGCAACUCCUCCCAACCGCCCAUCUUCCCAACCUCAUUCUUGCACUCCACUUCUACCAAAGCAAAUCCUCUACUCUCAUCGAAUCCUAGUUGAAUAUCCGAAGCCUACUGUCGCGUGAUUACAUUCCCUUUCAGCUUGAUUGUGCCAUGAGGCCCAAUUAGACAGUACCCACGUACCACACGAGCCCAUGGCUAUCAUUCGAUACCAGCCCGAGGAGCUUUUACGCCUUCGCGAAUCCCCUUUAGUGAUCAAGCCGGAUAAUUUACCACCUAUAGAAGAAUGGAUGGGCCCUAUCCCAGACCCCACCGCUCAGAAGAAAAACCCCCGAGAUCCAACAAAUCAAUUGGAGUCGGCCAAUAAUCAGCGGCGCCCGAGUUUUUUUGAGUCGCGCCAUAUCUCACGCACCUCUAAUUCAGAAGAUCUCGUCCUUGGUCCCCCCAAAACUUCAUUUGCCUCUGCCACCAGGGGCUUUGGAAAAUCAAUUGAUGCUACCGACAGAUCUUUCAAGAACAACGACCACGAUGAUACGAAACAAGACCGUUUUGGAGGUUUCCGUGACAAAUUCUUCAAGGACAGAGAAUAUGGAGACAGGGAUAAAGAUCCGGAUAGAAGAGAUAACCGAACCAACCUUACUAAUGGCCGUCGGAUGAACCGAGAUGAUCGAGAAGAUUGGAAUAGUAGACCACGACGAAAUUUUGGACUGGAAGAAGAUCGUGACAGAAGACCUAGACGAAGUGGCGAUGGAGAUCGCUGGGAUGGUAGAGACUCAAAAGAGCAUCGCGACCAGCAAGACGGAGGCGAACGUGUGAAUCGGGAUAGGGACCAGGGAAGAUUCCCUGGUCGUCGUGAUACGCCUGCUAGACAGAGACAUGAUCAAUUCUGGCACCGUGAUGGUGAGUCACAGGAUACAGGCGAGCCGGAGGAAGAUAAAACACCGAUUCGGAACCGCGAAUGGCGCCGAGGUUUACAUGGCCCAGACCGCGAUUGGAAUCGGCCCGUUAAGCAAGAACAGGACCCUGAAUGGAUGGAUUCCACCGCUCGUUCUGACACCAAAGAGGCACACACUCAGGAGGAUUUCCAGCGAUGGAAAGAGAGGAUGAAGGCCGGCGCUGCUCAGGUUUCUGGUGAUACGAAGAAAGAGGUUGAGCCCGAACCUCCUAAGCAAGAGCCAAAGACAGUCGAAACCAAGCGAGUCGAUGGCGAGAUGUUUAGCAGCCUUGACCCAUCCUUUCAAACUGACGCUGGCCUGGACAACUUUUUCGGACUUUUUGGAGGGCACAAAGCCACGCAGGAUUCUCCACUUGAGAAUUUAGCACCCGAAAGCAAGAAAGAAACUCCUAAGCCGGUAAAAUCUUCGAGAUUCGCUGGAUUUUUUAACACUCAGAAUGAAGCCAAAGAGGCUGAACCCCCGCAGUCAGGUACACCACGACCAGCUUCUACGGAUGCAGACCAGGAAGGGUUUCAACGUAUUCUUCAAAUGCUUGGGGGUAAUAAAUCGAGAAAUGCCACCCCUCAAGUUGAGGAACCAAACCAACCCCGUCCACCGCUCAUGCAAAUUCCUCAGUCUGACUUUGCAAAGGCACCGCCACCGGCCACAUAUCCUCUACGAGAGACGUUCAAUCGCCAGGAAUAUAUGAAUUUCCAAGAUCAGGCCCCACGAGACAAGGCACCGCCAGGAUUGGAGAAUCUACUUGCGCAGAAAGCUCCUAAGGAGAAUAACGCUCAUGGCCGCGAUACCGAAUUCUUGCUGCGUCUUAUGCAACAGUCAAAGCUAUCCACACAAACACCAACCGGCCAAAAUCCCCCUUCUUCGCAAGGCCCUGCAGGACGGGGUUUAAUCGACUUGCUGGCUGGAAACCAGGGUGUGCAAGUCCAGAAAAAUCCGGUCUACAUAGACGAUCCAGCAAUUGCAAAUUUCCGCCAGUCUAACGCAAAUGAUCCACGGAAUCAGCUUCGUCGGCGACCUACUGGCGGACCAACUGGAUAUUUUGACGAAAUGCCCUAUCCUGGGGCUACAAGCGGAAAUCACACUCCCAGCAACCCGCCUGGGCUCCGCCCUCAAGGCCCACCGCAGCAACCCAUGAAUAUCCAGCGACCUCCUGGCCUUGAGCACGUUAAUCCCAAUAACUGGCCAAACCAGCAGAUUCCACAGCAAUCAAACCAAAUGAUGCUGCCUCCGGGCCUUCCCGCUCCACAAACGCGGAAUAUAAAUGCAAACUUCUCUCCUGCACAUCCAAUGCCUUUACCAGCAGGGAUGACGCCAUCGGCGGAACGCCCACAAUUUCAGCGGGGAGCUAGUGCAAACGGCCCGACUGGUUUCGCCCCGCCGCCUGGGAUAAUGCCUCCUCCAGGUUAUUUGAACAUGAACGCUCCUCCACCAUCAGGCUUUCCACUCAUGCCACAUUCCGUAGAGGCGAUGAUGAACUUAUCCCAUGGACACCCUGGCCAUUAUGGAGCAGGUCCACAGCAAGGUCCUCAUCAGCCAUCGUCGCGCCAGUUGCUUGAGAUGUUUACGCAGCAUGGUGGCAACCCAGGAGACGGAAAUGUUGGCGCCCGUAGUGGCGCAGGAAUGAUGGGUCCAGCAGGUCCUUACCGCUAGGAAACAUAACACCAGAUACGUAGUCAUAGACCAAGAUGGUGUGCCCAAUCUUGCUCUUUGACCAACGUAUCUCAUCACAUUCGGAAACUGCCAGCUUGGUUGACUCAAUAUACCCUAUUUGUCUAUCUGCAAUAAGCCUAUGUUUGUACCAACCGGAGUUCAUCUUUUUUGUUAUUUUUUACUGUUUUGGGACGGGGCGUCUGGAAGGUUAUUGGAAUUGGCCCGUGAUCUGAUAUUUCUGUUUCUGUUACGACUUGAAUAUCCUUUUAGCUUCUCAGCUAUGUUGUUGUAUAGCAUGUCCUUUGCUUUACACCUGCUACUCCCUCCAUGCUUUCUUGCUCGCCUCUCAUACUUGGCGAUUGAUGCCCCUUGGGAUGAUGGUUUCAGGUUUGUUCCGUGUCUUGUAUUCUGCAACGGGUGGGAUAAGAUGCAUUUUUUAUAUUCUUUCUUCUAUUUCUCUGCUUUCUGUACUGUUUGUUGUUUUGUCAAUGUUUUUUGGUACAUGAUGAUAUCUCGCCUUACGUACAUGAGCUAUGUAAUGUACAUAGGUUAUUGCAGACUAGACACUUCGGGGUAUAUUCACUGAGAAAUGCAGUUGAACCAUUGUUGAUGAUUCUGGGAUCGAUUAAAGCAUAUUCUUGCCAGUUGGGACUGAGAGUGAUGGUAAACUAUGGAUUACACGGUUGAUAGAAAACUGAUAUAUGUGAAGUAGGUAGUGCGACUCCAUAUAUCAUACAAAAUAAGCUCAAAUUGAACCCGUGUGUAGAA